AUUUCAAUGUUCUUAUAUAGGUGUAUUGUAGAGAAUUAUAAUAAAACUACAGAAUGUCGUCAGGAAAUCUACCAGCGAUGGGAGCUGAGGAAUGCUUGGCGAGGUUCAAGCGAGCUCUGUCCAUGGGAAUGAUUGGAAAAUCUCACAUCUUUGUUGUUCUUGGUGCAUCUGGUGAUCUGGCCAAGAAGAAAAUUAUUCCGACCCUGUGGUGGCUCUACAGAGAUGAUUUGCUUCCAGAUCAUAUCCACAUUAUUGGGUAUGCAAGGUCUAAAAUGUCAGUUGCAGAUAUUCGAGCCAAGGCUUUUCCGUAUAUGAAAGUAAAGGAUUCUGAGAAGGCAAAGCUGGAUAGUUUUUUUGCCGCAAUGAGUUAUGUCCAAGGCUCGUAUUCUGAGGAAGAUGGAUUUAAAAAGUUGGAUACAGCAAUCAAGGCAUUCCACAAUGGUAAUAAAGCAAACCGGCUUUUUUAUCUUGCCCUUCCACCAACUGUGUUUGCUGAGGUGACGCAGAACAUCCAUGACCACUGCUUUGAACACGAGGGGUGGAAUCGUAUCAUUAUAGAGAAGCCAUUUGGUCGGGAUUUCGAUUCAAGUGCAAAGUUGUCAAACCAUCUGUCCAGAUUGUUUGAUGAAAGUCAACUGUACAGAAUAGAUCACUACCUGGGUAAGGAAAUGGUUCAGAACCUCAUGGUGUUGAGGUUUGCUAAUCGCCUUUUUGGACCUGUUUGGAAUAGAGAUAACAUAUCGAGUGUUCUCAUCACUUUUAAAGAGCCGUUUGGUACAACAGGCCGAGGUGGUUAUUUUGACAAGUUCGGAAUCAUUCGUGAUGUUAUGCAGAAUCAUUUGUUCCAAGUUCUCUGCCUUACAGCUAUGGAGAAGCCAGCCAGUAAUAACGCUGAUGAUAUCAGAGAUGAAAAAGUUAAAGUUCUCAAGUGCAUAAGGCCGCUGAAACUUGAUGAUCUUGUGUUGGGUCAAUAUGUGGCAGAUCCUGAAGGUACAGGAGAUGCUAAGGAAGGAUAUCUGGAUGAUCCAACUGUCCCUAAAGGUUCAGUGACACCCACGUUUGCUGUUGGUAAGUUCAACAUUUGCAACGAGCGCUGGGAUGGAGUGCCUUUCAUUCUUAAAUGCGGCAAAGCUCUGAACGAACGAAAAGCUGAGGUCCGGGUUCAGUUUCGUGAUGUCCCUGGUGAUAUCUUCUCUAAUGGAGUGGUUAAGAGGAAUGAGCUGGUGAUGAGAGUGCAACCAAAUGAAGCUGUCUACUGUAAGAUGAUGACUAAGUCACCAGGAAUGAAUGUGGAACCUGUGGAAACAGAGAUGGAUCUCAGCUACAAUCUUCGAUACAAGGACGUGAAGAUGCCUGACGCAUACGAACGUCUCAUUCUUGAUGUUUUUACUGGAUCCCAACUCAACUUUGUACGAAGCGAUGAGCUCUCGGAGGCAUGGAGGAUCUUCACACCAGUCCUGCAUCAAAUUGAGAAUGAAAAGGUUAAUCCGAUUCCUUACAAGUAUGGCACACGGGGACCAGAAGAGGCAGAUGUGUUCAUUAAAGCUGCUGGGUUUCAUUACUCGAGCACAUACAAAUGGGUGAACCCGAAUCUGUGAACCUAAAGUUCAUGACACUCUUAGUUUGCACUUACAAUAACAUCAUAACUGUGUAACAACACUAACUACAAACUAUCGAGCUAUUUCUAUUUUGUAUAGAAAGACUGGUCUGCCAGAAGGUGUAAUUAAAGUCUUUCAUCUUUUAAAUUUGAGCCUAAUGUGCAUUUAUUGUUGUAAAACAAAGGUACCGUAGUUAGUUUCACAAGACCAAACACUGGUAAAAAUUGUUGCAAGUUCAAACUGUUAGUUAAGCUAUGCAGGUCUGAUUUUGUAUUUAAAACCUUGUUUAUGCUGGUACCAGUCAGACAUGUUAAUUUGAAAAUUUCAUGAUUUUUUUGCAAGAUUAUAGUGACCCAGUGUUCAGUUGGAAAGUAACCUAGUAUUGCUUGCUUAAGUUGUGUUGCAUAAUAGCUACAUUCUGUAUGUAUUUUUUGUGUUAAACUUUCUGGUUUAAACUUCCAUUAAUGCCUAGUUGUGACAAUGUCCACAAAUAUAUAUUGCUUUAUUUGACCUAUUAUGUAGAUAUAUAACCAUUUGUAUGCAAGAGCAUUAUAGUUUGUGUUGUAUUGUUUAAUCUUUAUAUGUGGAUGUAGAAGUUCCUAACUUUAGUUGUAGUUCCAAUGUAAUAAUAUGCAGUAAAAUAUAUAUGUGUUUAGUCACCACACACCAAUACUCAUGUUUAUAUUACACUGGAUUUAUUUUCCCUA